GCUGAGAGAGUUAUCAUAGCACGUUAUGCACAUUUUCUCACUUUUUUUUUGUGAAAAAUCAAAAGCUGUGCCCAAGCAAGGUUAAAUGAAUGUGGACUGUUUGAUAUGUCCCUAAUUCAUUCAUCAAUGGCUCUCUCAAGUCAUGGAUCAUGAUUUCGACAUUGAGGAAGCUAGUAGGAAACUUGGUAUAAUUUUCUCCAUAAUAACGCCGAGAGAGGAAGACUGAAAUAGUUACAAAGACUCUCUGGCUUCACUGACUCCCUGUGCCUGGGUCCAUGUCGUGAGUCUGACAUCAAUAUUUUUAAAAAGCCUGUUGCAGCUCUGAUCUGAGUAUGCAUUGCAUUGCAUACAUGCUCCCAGUAUUUUCGAGUUACAAAGUCCCAUACAUACAUCAAUUAUGAGUAAAAAUAACGUAUCCUCUUCUUCUUUUUAUUCUGCUCUACUCGUAGCACUGUGCAUUGCGGCUACUAAUAUUUUGUUAGUGUCAACAACUGUGAAUUCAUCAUCAUUAUCAUCGUUAGAGGCCAAAGCUCUACUCAAUAGCGGUUGGUGGGGAAACUUUUCUUCUGCAAAUCAUUGUCACUUGGGAGGCAUCACUUGUAAUUGGGCAGGAAGUGUCAUUCAGAUUUAUUCUUCUUAUUCUUAUUCUUCCCCCCACCGAAAGCUUGAAAACAUGGAUUGGACUUCCUUCCCAAACCUUGAAGAUCUCGUUCUCAGUGACUGGAACUUAACUGGAAGCAUCCCCGAGGAAAUUUGUACUCUGUCAAAGCUCACCAUCUUUGACCUCUCUUUCAACUAGUAGAACUUCACAUAUAUUAUACUAAUAUCACUGGUCCAAUCCCUUCAUGUAUUGGUCAGUUAAAGAAUUUGGUGCAUAUGGAUAUUGGUGAUAGUACCCUUAUUGGUUCAAUCCCUUCCUCUAUUGGUCAAUUGACUAAUCUGACCUUUCUCUAUCUUUCGUCAAACCGACUCAACGGCUCCUUCCCUCAAGAAAUAGAAAUGCUAGAGAACUUGGUUUAUAUGUCUAUGAGUCAUAACAUUCUUGGUGGUCCAAUCCCUUCAUCUAUUAGUCAAUUGACUAAUCUGAUCUCUCUCUCUCUCUCUUGAAAUCGACUCAAUGGUUCUAUCCCUCAAGAAAUAGGAAUGCUAAAGAACUUGGUUUAUAUGUUUAUGACCGAUAACAUUCUUAGUGGUCCAAUCCCUUCAUCUAUUGGUCAAUUGACUAAUCUAACCUAUCUUUCUCUCUCAUCAAAUCGAUUCAAUGGUUCCAUCCCUCAAGAAAUAGGAAAACUAAAGAACUUGAUUUAUAUGUUUAUGGACAAUAACAUUCUUAGUGGUCCAAUCCCUUCAUCUAUUGCUUAUUUGACCAAUAUGACCGAUCUAAAUCUUUCUUCAAAUUGAUUCAAUGGUUCCAUCCCUCAAGAAAUAGAAAAGCUAAAGAACUUGAUUUAUUUGUUUAUGGACAAUAACAUUCUUAGUGGUCCAAUCCCUUCAUCUAUUGGUCAUUUGACCAAUUUGACCGAUCUACGUCUUUCUUCAAAUCGAUUCAAUGGUUCCAUCCCUCUAGAGAUGGGAGAUUUGAUGCAACUGGCACGAUUAAACCUUAGCCAUAACCUCCUUACAGGUAAGAUCCCAUCUUCAAUAGGUAAGUUGAUUAACUUGAACUUUUUUGAUGCAUCUUCAAAUCAAGUUAAUGACACCAUACCCGUUGAACUUGAGCUUUUAUCCAACCUUAGGCAUCUCGAUUUGUCAUCAAACCAACUUUCAGGCGAACUACCACCAAUUGAAGUUCCCAAUAGCUUUCAGUAUCUGGACCUCUCUCAUAAUUUUCUUAACGAGCCUAUCCUAAAAAAGCUAGAACAGCUUAAAGAUUUGGAGUACUUACGAUUGAAUGACAAUUAUUUGAAUGGAACAAUACCAACCGAAUUUGCAUAUUUGUCACAAUUACAGUACUUAAAUCUCUCCCACAAUGAUUUCUCUGGCAAAGUCUCAUGCAGUGUUUACUCCAUAAAAGGUCUUGACUUGUCAUACAAUCCUCUCAACGGUCAAAUCCCACAAUAUGGAUAUGAUUGUCCACCCCCAUCACAAGUCCUGUCACAGGCAAUUAACAAGACUACCUGCUGUAAAGGCAUAAAUUCUUCCAAGAAAAGAAUAGUGAUGCUUACUCUCCUCAUUUCUCUCUUUAUCACAAUUUUCCUUGGUUUACUUACAUUUGGGUGUUUUCUAUGUCGCAAGACCCAUAAAAAACAAACUAAGGCAAGAGCCAUGAAAAAUGGGGAUAUUUGCUCGAUAUGGAAUUAUGAUGGAAGAAUUGCAUAUGAAGAUAUCAUCAAAGCAACAAACGACUUUGACAUCAAAUACUGCAUUGGAACUGGCGGUUAUGGCAGCGUGUAUAGAGCUCAGUUGCCAAGUGGCAAAGUAGUUGCCUUGAAGAAGCUCCAUCGUUUCGAAGCAGAGGAGCCUGCUUUUGACAAGAGUUUUAGAAAUGAGGUGCAAAUGUUAAGUAACAUAGGACAUCGAAACAUAGUGAAGCUUUAUGGGUUCUGUUUGCACAAUAGAUGCAUGUUCUUGGUGUAUGAGUACAUGGAAAGGGGAAGCUUGUUUUGUGCCCUGAGAAUUGAGGUCGAAGCUGUUGAAUUAGUAUGGACUCAGAGGGUAAACAUCGUUAAAUCAAUAGCACAUGCUCUAUCGUACCUGCAUCAUGAUUGCACCCCACCUAUUGUUCAUCGAGACAUAUCAACGAACAACAUUUUGUUGAACUCUGAAAUGAAGGCUUUCAUUGGCGACUUUGGCACUGCUAGAUUGUUAUAUCCCGAUUCAUCGAAUCAAACCAUAAUUGCAGGCACUUACGGAUAUAUUGCCCCAGAACUUGCCUACACAAUGGUUGUGAUUGAAAAGUGUGAUGUUUAUAGCUUUGGGGUAGUAGCACUAGAAACAAUCAUGGGAAGGCAUCCGGGAGAACUCCUCUCAUCAUUAGCAUCGCCGUCUACACAAAAAUUAAUGCUAAUUGAUGUCUUAGACUCUCGCAUUUAGCAUCCAACUAAUCCAAUGGUUGUAAGGAACAUU